GCGCCCCGUGGCUGUGUCCUGUCCGCGCCGCCGGGGCUCGGAGGCAGCGGGGGCCGUGCCCUAGCCAUGGCCGAGCGCGGAGCCUGGCUGCGCUGCCGCCACCCCUUGCUGCUCCUCACCUGCCUCUUCGCGCCCUUUCUCGGCCAGUGCGGAGCCGGCCCCGCUGCCCGCGCCCCGUACGUGGGUAUAUCUGAACCUUCUUUUAUUGCUAAAAGUGAAGAUCGUUUGUUUAAACAUUUAUUUGAAGACUAUCAAAGAUGGGUUCGUCCAGUGGAACGCUUGAAUGACACAAUAAAAAUAAAGUUUGGCCUUGCAAUCUCUCAGCUGGUAGAUGUGGACGAGAAAAAUCAAUUGAUGACCACAAAUGUCUGGUUGAAACAGGAAUGGAUAGAUGUAAAAUUAAGGUGGAAUCCUGAAGACUAUGCUGGAAUAACAUCUAUUCGUGUGCCAUCAGAUUCUAUUUGGGUUCCAGAUAUUGUACUGUAUGACAAUGCAGAUGGACGUUUUGAGGGAACAUCUACAAAAACAGUGGUAAAAUAUGAUGGCACCAUUGCUUGGACUCCACCAGCAAACUACAAAAGUUCUUGUACUAUUGAUGUAACCUUCUUCCCCUUUGACCUCCAAAAUUGCUCUAUGAAAUUUGGUUCCUGGACUUACGACGGCUCACAGGUUGAUAUAAUUCUUGAAGAUUAUUACGUUGACAAAAGAGACUUUUUUGAUAAUGGGGAAUGGGAAAUAGUGACUGCAACGGGGAGCAGAGGAAAUAGGACUGAUGGAUGCUGCUGGUAUCCUUUCGUUACAUAUUCAUUUAUAAUUAGACGUUUGCCACUUUUUUACACAUUGUUUCUCAUUAUUCCUUGUAUCGGGCUUUCGUUUCUAACUGUCCUUGUCUUCUAUCUUCCUUCAAAUGAAGGUGAGAAAAUUUCACUUUGCACUUCAGUACUGGUAUCUUUAACUGUUUUUCUUCUUGUUAUUGAAGAGAUUAUUCCAUCAUCUUCUAAAGUUAUCCCACUCAUAGGAGAGUACUUGGUGUUUACUAUGAUAUUUGUGACAUUGUCCAUUGUGAUAACUGUCUUUGCUAUCAAUAUUCAUCAUCGCUCUUCGUCUACACAUAAUGCUAUGGCACCUUGGGUUCGCAAGAUAUUUCUUCACAAACUUCCCAAGCUGCUUUGCAUGAGAAGUCAUGUAGAUAGAUACUUCACUCAGAAGGAGGAAACAGGAAAUAUGAAUGGAUCAGAAUCAUCUAGGAACACCUUGGAAGCAGCUCUAGAUUCUAUCCGAUAUAUUACAAGACAUGUUAUGAAGGAGAAUGAAGUUCGUGAGGUUGUUGAAGACUGGAAAUUUAUUGCUCAAGUGCUUGAUCGAAUGUUCUUAUGGACUUUUCUUCUGGUUUCAAUAAUUGGAUCACUUGUGUUAUUUAUUCCUGUUAUUCGUAAAUGGGCAAGUAUAAUAGUACCUACGCAUAUAGGCAGUACAAAUGCAUAAAAUAUUUUUGGAUCUGUCUCCUGAUAUGGCUCUAAAGAGAUUUGCAGUAGCUCUAUUUCCAUGCAUGUUCUUUGUAGGCAUGUUUCUGAUAGUGUAAAAAAAAAUUCAAAACCGGGAAAUUAUCUUUAUAUUAAAGCAUGGCAUCUCUAGGAUAUACAGAAGUCAAUUUGCUUAUUGCCAGCCUACUAAGUUACUUCUAAAUCAGGUCAGAAUUAAAAGGACCUUCCUAGCACUUGCAUGUAUGAUAUGUCAAAAAGCAUACACUGACACGUAAUGCAAAAUAGAGGGGUUUAAAAAUUCUCCCUUGCAUACUAUAGUAAAUUGAAAUAAGCAACUCUACUGUGUAAAUAUUUGCAAAUAUUUAAUACUCGAUAUAACAAUUUAUAUAUUAAUUUGAUAAUUGGACUACAGUGAUCAUCUUUAAAAAAUUCUAUCAACUCUCUUGAAUGUGGUGUAAAAGUAUAAAGUUUCUACUGAUUAAUUUAAAAUAAUAAUAGAAAUGCCAGUUAAACUUCCCAUACAUUCAACACGUAAGUAAAAAUAGCAAUUUGGCUAUGUUUUGCCUUUAUAAAUUUUCAGUAGAAUUUGCUGCUAAACUUAAAACCUUGUUAAUUCUAUCAUACUAACAUGAACAUUUAAAACAGUGAACCUUAAAAUGCUUACAGGAUACGUGUAUAUUGAUAUCUCUGUAUCAGCUAUGGAAAGGAAGGCAAAGAUAAUUGAAUGAGUUCCCAAGUUGCACAAGUAUUCUAAUAGACCGGAACAUUCAGAUUUCUUUAUUCUUGAUUAAGAACUUGAUACAGAUAUUAGUUGCAAGCACGUUAAUCAUGUCCUGCUUUUGUGUGCUUCUCAGAAUUAUGUUUUUAAGCACUGAUAGAAAGAAUCUGGGGAAUGCCUUUCUGAAGGAAAUGGGUUGAAAAUUAUUAUGCUGUGUAACUAAAUACAGAUUACUAAGUUUUCACACAUUUUUUGUUAAACUGAACUUGGAACGCUACCUUUGGUAGGUUCUCUUACUUAUAGAACCAUAUGUAACACUAAGCAGCAAGGACUUAGAGCUUUACGUACUUUCUUUUUUCUGAGUGUUGAAAACUAACUUGCAACUUUUAAAUUAUUCCAUGAAAAUACAUGCUUUAAAUACAGAUUUAAAAUUCUUUAUGUUCUUUCCAAUGCCACCUUUCUUAAAAGCUUUAUUUCUGCAAGAGACUCUAAAACAGAUGGGGAUUUUCCUACAUCAAAGUUUUGUCAGUGUACUUCAUAAUAUAGUUGCAUCCUGCAGGGCUGAUACAGUAAUGCUAAGCUAGAGCAAGUCUUGUGAAGUUUUUAUUUGCUUAAAUUACUACACUAAUAAUAUGUUUAGGUGAGAAGUUUAAUAAACUGUGGUAUCUUUUGAUAAGGUAAGUUUUUAUAGUGGUUAUGAAUUUGGAAAACAUACAUAUUUCCUACCCCCUCCAUGUGUCCUUUAGAAUAGCACUGUUUAGCACUGUACUGAUUAUAAUAGUGAUUGCUUAUGUCAUAACUUACAUGAAAUUGAAUAUUCAUUUCAAAUGGUUUUCACCUGUAGGAUAUUCUUGGUUUUGUGUAGCUUUUUGAGGCUUACAGGUAGGGAAAUUAUGCCAGGCAAGCCUCUUUUUUUUUUUUUUUUUUUUUUUUUUUCCCCCUCCACAUUACCAAUGUAUAAAUGGUUCUGAUUGUAAAGGGAGUCACUCUUCCUUUUCAGGUAUACAAUUACACCUGGCAUUGGAUAUUCAUAUCUCCUCUGUUCCCAUCUUAAUUAAUUUUAAAGGUGAAUCUACAAAGAUUAUCUGAUUUAAUCCAUUAAUAUAAUAAUUUUAACUUUCUCAGUAUUAUUAAGAUUAAACAGUGCAUCAGUGACUCUUUGUUGGGAGGUUGCAGAAAUAACUUUGGAUAUCUUAUUUACUCUUCAAAUGCAAAAUUUCUUUUCGUAGUCCUCCUCGGGUUUGAAUUACUGAAGUUUAAUCUUACCUGAACAGAAAGCAAAGUUUAAACAAUAGAUUAGCUAUAUAUAUUACCUUUUUAAACUCCCCACCUCCUCUCUUUCCCCUUGUUAAAUGAUGUCUGUAGAUGGCCUCAUUAUAUCAUAUUGGCAGCAUACUGGCCAAUGGAGUCCCAGUCUUUAUACUACUAACUUAAAUUUUUGCAAAUGCAUGAAUUCCUUGUAGUCAUUCUACAGUCUGAUAAUGGUAAAUACAGGUAAGAUAGCUGAUACUGGAAUCCUUGGGGCCUUCAGCUUAUCAGGUGUGUCUGAAACAAAAUAAUUUUAAUAGACUCAGAAGCAUGGACCUUUACUUACAUGACUUGUUUCUGAAUGUAUUGAACUGUAGCUAAUGCUACCUUAUAUAGGCUUUUGUCACUCAGUCAAAAUAAAUGAAUAAAAGCACAAUUUUCAACAGCUUGAUUCUCUUUAUUUUCAUGUUACAUCACUUGAUACACUGUAUUUCAAAAAAAGUUUCCAGUUCAGUACAGAAUAUUACAGAAUUUUACAGAAUAUUUUCUUAUUACUGUAUUUUUUUGCAUUCUUUAUUCAUGCUUUUAGAUUACCUG